AAAUUUUCCAUCUUUAUAUUAUGAUGAAGCUGAAAGUGAUGAUAUGGCGGGAAACCAAGCCUAAUUAUUAGCCACAACAUAGAGACCUUAAUUCUAACCCUAAUUCCGGUUCCAAUUAGAAAUCGAAAAAGUGAAGUUGACCAUGGCAGAGGCGGAGGAGCUUCCCAAAAGUAUCGUACGCCGCGUGGUGAAGGAAAAGCUAUCCACUUGCUCCGACGACGGAGACAUUUCCGUUCACAAAGACGCUCUUCUGGCAUUCUCCGAAAGUGCCAAAAUUUUCAUCCACUACCUUUCCGCUACGGCUAAUGAUAUAUGUAAGGAGUCAAAGAGGCAAAUUAUCAAUGCUGAAGAUGUUUUCAAAGCUCUUGAAGAAACUGAGUUUACUGAAUUUAUUAGCCCUCUGAAAGAUUCUCUUGAAGAGUUUAGGAAGAAGAAUGCUGGGAAGAAAGUGACGGUGUCAAAGGGAAAGGGGGAUGAGAAGGGAAAGAAAAGAAAGUUGGAAGGUGAGCUGUCUGAUAAAGGUGAGCCAUUUGAAAAAGGGGAUCUGGGUGAGCCAUCUGAUAAAGGCGAUCAGGGUGAACCAUCUGAUAAAGGCGAUCAGGGUGAACCAUCUGAUAAAGGUGAUGAUGACCAAUGAAAUGAAAGGAAUGACCGGCAAUGACAUUAGUCACCAGUCACAACUGAGUCAAGAUGUAAAACUUAUUUAUGAUUCAUUGUGGCUUGGAUGCUGUGUACUUAUCAACUAUGUACUAAUGUCACAAAUAUAGCUUUCAGCCAUGUUUUGUUUGUAAAAUGCUAGCCUCCACUAAUCCUGAAGGAAGGAGCUUUUAGGAAAGAAUAUUACAUCUUAAAUCUUAAAUCUUGAUGGUUUCAUUCUUUCA